AUGUCUCAAGGUUUAUCGCUUAUAUGUGUUGUUUUGGACUGUUUCACUGACCAUGGGCUCACGCCGUUUCUAUCAGGCAUUCUGUACGACGACGCUGCGGUUCAUCCUAGGCAACUCAGGCUCUGGAGCGAGUUCAAUAUCUGCUGUCUUGCAGUCUGGCAGAAGCAGAAGGAUUUGACUCGGGCUUCGAUGACGGCGAACAUUCCUCUUCCCGACCCAUGUCUGAGCAUUUCACAAAUAGAGAUCUUUGGUGAGGAGCUGAUUGCUAUCUUUGACUGGAUAGAAAAGCAUGGACUAGUGGACUAUGAGGUCGGGGUCUGGGAAGAAGAGAUUCUCUCCAUCCUUCAUCAGUGUUGGUCCUUAAGUCAGACGCUUUCGACACAGUUGCAGAUGCUCGACCAGUUAGCCGAGCGAGAUGGCCAGAUGAACUGUCGGCCUGGAGCGACCGUCAGCGAGUCAUUCAUCAAGCAAGCUCCGUACCCCAAGAUGCCUCAGCACCUAACAACAUUUCGACUAUCUACAAAUACACGCACCGUGGAACAAGUCAUCUCAGGCCUGCAGGAGCAUUUCGAGAUGGAGGCAUUCAGAGGGCUCCCCAAGGACGAGGUAUACGUCGAGAGCCCGCUCGACUCUGAUGCACUGGACCGCCUGAAACCUAUACUUUCGCUAGUCUGUGACGGCCCAGUGCGCGUAAUAGUUUCGAGGGUCAUGGGAAAGACAAUACUGCAGGCCCGUUUCCCAUGCCUCCACUUCCCAGUCCUGAUCUACGAGUCUUCGCUACUCGAUGGAAAGCCAUUAGAGCUUGGACGCGGCGUGUAUACGGACAGGGAUGUCAGUCUGACCGGGCGAUUGGUUCUAAUGACGGUUGUUCCCACGUCUGUCAAAGUCAUAUUUGAGCCUUCAGAGUCUCCUUAG